ACGUCGUCAUCAUCUUCUUCCGGAGACAGAAAUGGCGCUCAGUCUAACCAACACCUUCCUCCAAGGACACUCCUGCGCACCACUCCUCCCUCCCAAGAAGGCCCCCAAUGUUGUUUCCGGGAGCUACCGGCCGGUGGUGACGUGCAGGAAGAAGGAGAUACACCCGGAGUUCUACGAGGACGCCAAAGUGUACUGCAAAGGAGAGCUGGUGAUGACAGCCGGUGGGACCCAGAAGGAGUACGUGGUGGAUGUCUGGUCGGGGAACCACCCGUUCUACCUCGGCAACCGGUCGGGUCUGCUGGUCGACGAUGACCAGGUCGAGAAGUUCAGGAAGAAGUACGGCGGGCUCACCGAGAUUAUGGAGAUUCCGGUGCUCAAAGGAGAGAUUGUGCUGCCUUCUAGGAAAAAGGGGGCUUCUAAAGGAGGCAAGAAGAAGUAGAAGAAGAACCACCAUCAAACUAUGUGCAUUCUCUAUGCUUCUUUUGGUUUGGUCCAACUAUUUGUGAUUUUAGGUGAUGUUGAAAAUUCAAGCUUGAAGGUAUGUCUUUUGUGAAAUGGAAUAGAAUUGAAUUUCAAUGCUAAUUCUUGGCAUAUACUCCGAUUUUUCGCAAUUUGCAUUUCUGUUCUGCAAUCUAUUAUUGCGUUUCGAGCAUGUUUAUUCUUGUUCUUAUGUAGCGUAACUUUGAAUCUAAGGAAUUGUGUGCAUUAGUAGAACCUUAAGAUGGUGCGCGGCA